AUGGUGGAUUCGCCUCGUGUUCUGCGGCCUCGUCCCCGACGGCCCUUCGAGCUGGCAGCAUCGACUGAGUCCUCUGGCCCUAAUACCCCAACUGAAAGCGCCCAAGCGGAUCUACUCAGUGCCCAGGAUGCCGGAUCAACAACCACAUCUGCCAAUGUGAGCCGGACCGGCUCUAUCCUGAACCUCACGUCCUCCACCCUCUACGGAAUCUACCAACCCACCGCAUUCGAUGGAUCUCGCGAUGAGUCAAGCCCCUGGGGCACCGAAGUCAAUACCCCAGCAGCAGAGUUUCCUCCAGAGUUUUCACAAGCUGCCGCUUUGAACUCGGCCAUUCACCCUCGGCCAUUAGCAGUGCAGCGGACACGCUCCCGGCUCAGUCAUGGGCUGGUGCGUGGCGUGAUCCUGCCUCAGCUGCUCAGCAGUGCUCUGCUUUUUGGCUUUGGAAUUGUUUACGGGGUUAUCACGGUGCAUCUGCAUGACAAUCAUUGGAUCACCCCUGUUAAACUGGAGAAUGUUCACUACUACGAUUCAUGGCAGUAUCUCGGCUUCUGGGGUAUCUCUGGCAUUACGCUGGGGCAUAUUCUCCCGUGGUUGGAUAGCUGGCGCGAGAGGGAGUCUGUUCGGGAGGAGCAGGUCAAGCACGCGCGGAGCGAGGACGAGCAUGAGAACGAGGACCGCACCCCUGCGUGGGUUGCUGUCGCUCGUAGUGUUGGUGCCUUCGUCGGUAUCGCAUUUGCGAUGCGUCGCCUUCCCUGGGAAUCCACCACCCAAGCCUCGCUCACCCUUGCCCUCGCAAACCCCGUGCUAUGGUACCUGAUCGAUCGCACCCAGACCGGCUUCGUUCUUGCGACCACAGUCAGCCUAGCGGGAAUGAGCAUAAUCCUAGGCUUGAAGCCCGAGCUCAUCCCAACUUCUACGGGCCCGUCCGUGGGUGCCGCUAUCCUAAACGGAACAGGAUUGGAAAACGCCCUGGGGGCGGAGGUUACCCAGGAGAGCAUUGCAGUCCGCACCUGGGUUGCCAGUGUCAUUUUCUGCGCAUGCGUUUGCUUUGGCAAUGUUGGUCGCCAACUAGUCAUUGGAGCCCAGCACAGAGCUGGUGUUAGGGCGUGA